AUGCUCUCCACCGUCCCCAACGAGAUCCUCUUCACCAUUGCCGAAAACCUCUCUCCCGGCCCCCUUCUAAACCUUCUCUUAACAUGUCGCUCCUUCCACCAUAGCCUGUCCCGCCUCAUGCUGCGCCAUGCCCUCGCCAACAAAGACUUCACCCCCGCGCUGGUAUGGGCUUCCAUCGAAGGCCACGUCCCGCUCAUAAAAACCAUUCUCGCCCACACCCCCGCGUCAGACGAGGCGACCAAGAUGGAGGAGAUUGCGCUCCGCGAAGCCUGUGACCACGGGUCCCUCAAAUCUGUGGAGACCCUCCUCGACCACGGUGUCCCCCACACGCCUCCCGAGGAUAACGACAGACGUUACCCGCUUGCUAUAGCGGUCUACAAAUGCCACCUCCCCGUCGUGCGUCUCCUCUUGUCGCGCGGUGCAGUGCCGGAUGUUUGGCCGGGGUAUCCGCCGAUGGCAUUCGACCUCUGCCGCAACGGAGAGGUGGAGAUCCUGCGUGAGCUGCUAGCAGCGGGCGCGGAUCCGAACGCGAGGAACAAUCACAUGAGCAGUUGCUUUACCCUCGCAGCGGAGUAUGGGCAUCUGGAAUGUCUGAAGGUUCUGCUGGAGUAUGGGGCGGAGGUGGACGUGGUGGAUAGAGACAACGACACGCCGAUGAUUCUGGCGCUUUACUGCGAAAGGUGGGAUGUGGUGGAGUUUCUACUAGAGCAGGAGGAGUGCGACCUUGUGACCAGGAACCUGCGCGGGUUCGACCCGCUGAACCUGGCGUGUAUAACGGGGCGGGCGGAUGUGGUCAGGAAGAUAUUCUCGAAGCAAGUGCCUGGGCAUGACACCUUCUGGUAUGAAAGAGAGCUUGUUCCGAUGGUUUCGUUGGCGCGGAUGAGGCAUCGUGAGGAGGUGGUCGAGGUGUUGGAACAGGAGAUACUGAAGCUUUGGUUGGCGAGCUCGACGCUCUAG